UAGGAGCGGAGAAAGGGGGAGCGCCGGGUAGGGAACGACAAAAUGGCGGCUUCCAGGUCUCUGUUCUUCUCUGGCUGGAGGCAGUUGGUGUCAGGCUUGUUUGGGGGCGGCUGGGCCAGGAUCUCCUCCCGCGGGCUCCGGCAGGUUGUAGAAAUUACGGAAGGGAACACAACUGUUAUUGAAGGCAAAGUUCUGGAAGUUGUGGAAGCUCCAACUCCUCCAAAUCCUUCUGGGCAAUGUCCUAUCUGUCGCUGGAAUCUGAAGCACAAAUAUAAUUAUGAAGAUGUCUUACUGCUGAGUCAGUUCAUACGCUCUGAUGGAGGGAUGCUGCCACGGAGGAUCACAGGCCUUUGUUUAGUAGAGCAUAAGAAGAUUGCAGUGUGUGUACAAAUGGCUCAUCGAGCAGGUUUGCUGCCAAAUCAUAGGCCUAACCUUCCAGAAGGUUUUGUUCCAAAAAACAAGAAACCAAUUCUCAACAGGUACCUUACCCGGUAUUCUAUCAACUCUGUCAAGCCCAUCUACAACAAAGGGCGAAAGUGGUGCAAGGUUCCCAUGCCUAUAUCACAUCCCAUUCUCAGAGACAAUGUUAAUUAUGGAUCAAAGCCUCUUCGUUUUAACCACUAAAGUAAAAUGGAGCUGUGUUUGCACUAAGUUGCAACUUUCAGACCAGCAUGGCCUGUUCCAGAAUUUAUCCACUGUGUCAGUAAUUUUUAUGUUCUUUACAGUCUAAAAGAGGCAAAGGAUGUUUUGGUUUGUUGCUGGAAGCAUACAGGAAUUACCUAUUAGUGAAGGUACAGUUUACUGAUAGCUUCAUGAUAAUUUAUUUUGUACUAAAAUCCAAUAAACUCUUGCAAUAAACUCA